AUGAAUACCCCUUGUUUUCAUUCCGUCUGCAUGACCAAUUAAUGAAUGCUCCCUUAACCCCACCCAGUGCCUGUCAAACCGAGUUGACGUGUGUGGUUGCUGUGAGGCUAAAAACCUCUAAUUUCGAGGACUGGACAUGAAAAUCGGACUAGAAUAGCGGCGUAUGGGUUCCAAAAGUGUUCAGUUUGUGAUCUAAUAUAUUGUGAACGGAUCCAGGAGGCCCUCAACGGUGUCUGAUCGACAUUUGUUGAGUAUUUCUUGGGGUAUUCAUUGCCAGUCGGCAAGUCUCAUUUCGUCCACAGCCAGUGCACUGGAAUAACACAGUACAUGAGUAUGGGGUGCUUUCCUAGACCUAAUAAGGAGGAUGAGGACGAUAAAAUUCGACGUGAAGCUAACAAGAAGAUCGAAAAGCAACUUGCUAAGGAUAAGCAGUUGUAUCGAGCUACACAUAGGCUACUCUUAUUAGGGGCUGGAGAAUCAGGGAAGUCAACAAUUGUAAAGCAGAUGCGAAUUUUGCACGUCAAUGGCUUUGGACCGGAGGAAAAGAAACAAAAGAUAGAGGAUAUCAAAAAGAAUAUUAGAGAUGCAAUAUUGACAAUUACGGGUGCAAUGAGCACGUUGAAUCCACCAGUACAGUUAGAAAAUCCAGCCAACCAGCACCGAGUGGAUUAUAUACAAGAUGUUGCUAGUUCGGCGGACUUUGAUUAUCCAGAGAUAUUUUAUGAUCACACGGAAGCUUUGUGGAAGGACACAGGAGUCAUAAGUUGUUUUGAAAGGGCUAACGAAUACCAAUUGAUAGAUUGUGCAAAAUAUUUUCUUGAUAAAGUUAGUGAAAUUAGAAAGCCAGAUUAUACUCCUUCCGAACAGGAUAUACUAAGGUGUCGUGUAUUAACAUCAGGUAUCUUUGAAACGAAGUUUACAGUUGAUAAAGUAAAUUUUCACAUGUUCGAUGUCGGAGGCCAGCGAGACGAGAGAAGAAAAUGGAUCCAGUGUUUUAACGAUGUGACAGCCAUUAUAUUUGUGACAGCAUGCAGUAGCUAUAACCUUGUACUAAGAGAAGAUCCCAGCCAAAACCGCCUCAAGGAAUCACUCGAAUUGUUUAAAAGUAUCUGGAACAACAGAUGGUUGAGAACAAUAUCGGUGAUAUUAUUCUUAAAUAAACAAGAUUUACUAGCAGAAAAAGUGAAAGCUGGAAAAUCAAAAAUUGAGGACUACUUUCCAGAUUUUACUAGGUACACGACGCCACAGGAUGCUUCACCUGAGCAAGGGGAGGAGGCUGAAGUGGUCAGGGCAAAAUACUUCAUCAGAGAUGAAUUCUUGAGGAUAAGUACAGCCAGUGGUGACGGACGACACUACUGCUAUCCACAUUUCACCUGUGCUGUCGAUACGGAAAAUAUAAGGAGGGUAUUCAAUGACUGUCGAGAUAUUAUCCAGCGAAUGCAUCUGCGCCAGUACGAACUUCUGUGAUUAAUAUCAUUACUCAUCAUCUGUCAUUCAAAACAUGGAGCGAGAUUGAGUGGGCACCCUCGCCGCUCACCACGACACAUGGAUUUGGAUAUCUCUGACGAAGUUACAUACCAAUUGCCAUCUGGUGCCAAGUUCGUGUAUUAUAUUCUUAAUAUUGUGACGAUUUUGGAUUACUUCGUAGCGAUCACAACGGUGGCGUCACAUGUUUUAGUUUUUGAAUUGUGCAUAUGAUAACUCUAUGCACGAGAUUAGAGUGUAUGUAUAAAUGGCGGGAAAUCCUCCGUCAGGUUGGGUACUUUUGUGAGCAGGAUAACCCUUGUGCUUACAAAAAUGGAACUAACUACGUAUCUGUGGGUGUAAAAGUGUAUCAUUGGGUACAUAUACCUGUGCCUGCAAAAUGGGCUUUGGUGCCCGAGUUUGUGAUCUGCAAAAAUGAAACCUAGGCGCCUGUGGUUGAUCUGCAAAAAUGAAACAGAAGCUGUGAUUGCAUUGUGGAGGGUCAUUGGGACAUUCGCUUUGCAAAGUGGAUGUAGGUGUCAUGUCAAGCAUGUAUGUAGAAUCUGAGAGUAUCAAUGCAUGCCAGGUGUAUAUGUAAUGCGUAUGAUAACCUUAGGUGCACAGCUCGAUGAAUAUGGAUUAGUAUUCUCGACCAGUGGAUUUAUUGACUGUAUUGUCACCGGUGGAGUUAUUGGUCGGUUGCGAUCGCAGAAAAUGGACAUGGAAACAUGGGACGGGAAAAACGAAUCACGUCAAUCAGUACGGCUGUGAUGAUUCCUGUGUGUGCUUUAGAACCUGUUGUUAGUUUCUAGGUAUCAUGACCAUCUAAUGUUAUGAAAUGGCCUGUUUUGUGGAUUAUGUAACCAAUUGACAGUUUUAUGUGACAGGGACUCACCUAUUCUGAAUUUGUCUUUCACCUUUCUUAUCAACAUCAAAUAAAAUCGAGCUGUCGCUGUAAAAAAGAUUUCAAUUUACAGUCUAUGUUGUUAAUCAAAAACGUCUGCUCAAAGCACAGAUCUUAUGCUUCAACUUCAAGACUUCACCGAUUUUACGCUUCGACUGCAAAUUGAACCGGUAUGACAGAUUAAAAAUACUAAGGCACAGUGAAGAUAAAUUGACGAGUUUAGUUGCAAAACUAAACAAAUCCAAGUCUUAUUGUGUCUGCGCCCACAUAUUGGUUUGUUUCUUGUCGGUAUUAGAUUGUUUACUUUAUAAGAAUUUGGAAUUCAGGUAUGGAAUCUCUUGGUCCUCAGAUCUGAACAAAAUGUUGGCUAUUCUGAUUCAAAUUCAUGUCAUUUUCAAUUCAAGCGCUGCUUGUGGUAGGUUAGCGCCUUUAAAACGUUUCGAACCAAUAUGUUUGUAGUUGAGCUACCAGUAACUUUAUCAAUACCUUGUAUGUCAAGAUUCUUCUCAUGAUGCUGCGUGAUUUCUUUUGACCAAAAGAGUUGAAAGAAGCACUCUUAUUUGUUAACUUUGUUUGAUACAAUGACGUCGGUGCUGUUGCACUUCUGUUAAAAAAGAUCUAAUUGUAGGAAGUGAGACGAGGACUGGGUUUCAUUAGGUGUCAGUAACUUCACAGAAUGUUUCAUUUUUGUAGAUCCGUGGUUUGUCCUAUGCCUCGGAGUUCGUCUUGUUGGCUUGUUUCUUACACUGUGGGUCGAGGUUUUAUCAUGUUCUGUAACCUCGUCUCUAAGAGUUGAACCAUACUUUGCGUGAUUAUGAUACGAGGGUAAUAUCCUGGAUUGCGGUUGAUGGCGUAAUGACAUCGGAUAAUCAUCGGUAUUGAUAUGUGCGUGUAAUAUCAAGGCAAUAAUCAAGGCCAACUCCGAUGAUAACGUGAGGUUUUGAACUUGGAUAUCUCGCGCUAAACUGAUGAAUCAUGGCUCUUAUCGUUUGUAGCGAAUGAUAUCUGUAACUGGGCUCACCGGUGUCGGUAUGUACAAAACCGCUUGCUUGAUUCGUCGGUCUCAGAUUGAAUGGAUGUAUAUAGAUUUAAAAAUGUAGUGUUGCUUAGUGCAUUCUUCUGAGGAUCCAAUGGAACAGGCGGUGGUCAAUUUUACCUUAAUUGGAACCAAAAUUAUGGUACAAUGCGUACACUAAUGUAGAGGUUUUUAGGUUCGAAUUAAGUUGAAAUCCACCUUUUUAGUUUGACGUCACCUAUAGAAAGUAGACUGUCCCAGUUUGAUUCAGAUUCAUUUGAAAUUGGAGCAGUCCAUUCUUAACGUGGGGUGUGUGUGAACAGUAUAUACUUGUAGUAUGAUGCCAUGACAAUUUUACACAUUUGUAAAGGAAAGACAUCUCUAGUUUGUAAUUAUUUGAUUAAUGAGAAUAUCUGAUACCUGCCAGCACUUGUACUCAAUGGCCAAUAUCCACCAAGUGCAGAGAGUGUGUGCCCAACUGCUUAAGUAACUUGGUAAGUGAGAACAUUCACAAGUCUUUGCUACCUGAAAUAACUAUAGUGGGAAACAAAUGCUAGUCUUUGGGGAAGGACCAAGUCCUAUUGUGAUUGACUCUGGCAAACGUAGGCACUUGAGGCUAAAGACAGAUAUAAAGUUAUUAAAUAGGCUAUUGUCACCCGAAAAAUAUGAGAGAAUUACGUUUACAUCCUGAUUGAAUGUCUUGAUGAUAUAAUCCCAUGCUAACCAAUGUCCACCUACGACAAUUAUCACCUGGGUGUGGGCGGAUUGAGUGGGUGGUUUUCUGCACGUUGCACUCCCUGCCUCCCGGCUCCACAAAAGCUGCGAUUAUGCAACUUAUCAACCAAUUCUCAAGGCAGUAUUCAACGACUCUACUAAUCAUCCCAGAUCUCCAUAAAAACACGUUUGGGAAAUGUGGCCUUGACUUUCAGCACACACUCUCUGCAUGAAGUCAUCUUUAGUUUUUUUGUCAAAAUAUUUUUAUUCGUCAGAUAAGCGCCUCUGAGCUGUGACAAUUUGAAACUCAGAUGCUUCUCUGUAGACCACUGUACAUCAGAUGCCGUGCAGUGUGUACCAAAGAAAGAUGGCCUCCCCUCAAGAAAAUCUGGCACAGAAGUGGAUUGACCAAAAUCUAGGGAGUAACUCCCUGUCUUUUAGCUACAAUGCAAUGUGUACUAAAAACGGGUUUACUUUCGGAUAAGGGCGAUGUGGCACAUUACUAAGGCUGCGCGUCAUUUACGACUCCGACUUUAACUUAGAUAGCGAAUUGUGGUUGUCAGUUACAAUUUUGAUUCAUUUAAACUGAGAAAUAUUUUCACAUUGAUGAACUACAUGUUCCUUCACCAUGAUGUUUUUAAUUCCCGAUUGGACUCGUUCAUAAGACGGAAAUAAUGAAUUUGUGGUGAUAGCCGAAGACGUCUGCCGCAACUUGUUAUAUCCGCCUCAUGCACAUGUCUAAUUUGGAAUUAAAAUAUUGUUGUAAAGAUGCAGGUGGAAUAUCAAUGAGAAAAUGUUUGUAAGACAUUGAUUAUAUCGCUUGAUUAUUGUAAUUCAACCCCAGAGAUGAAGUCGGAGUGGGAGUUGUAACCUCUCUAAUAUGAAACUUUACACCCCCACUUUUCUUUGUGGACUUGCCUAAUGCAUUAACAGGAAGAGUCCACACUGGGUAAUGGGGGUGAAAAGGUUCAAUUUUGUUUAGCUCAUUGGCUGUUUUUGAGCUCUUGGUGAGCUAGUAAAAAUGUUAUGAUGUGUAAAUGCUUAAGUUCUUGAGUUACCCGUGUGCUUGGUAUGUAGGUAGCGUGUCCAGACAGCCAUCCAGCUAUUUCUAAACGGAUGUCUGUUUGUACCGUAAUUUAUCAUGUAAAAAUAAUUUUAUUGUUACUGAUAUAGGCUAUUUUUUCAAGAUGACAUGAUAAAUCAGCAUUCAGCUCUUUUAUAGUUUGCCGAUGUGGGGUAAUUGAAAAAAUAUGACGUAUUGUUCUAAUUGAUUUUAUUCAUGUGUAAGAAGAUUGUAUAAUACAUACUACACCUUUCACUAUUAGACACGUGGAUGUCCGUGCUCAUAAAGUAGGAUAUGUUCUAGCACUUCUUAACUUAUAACCAAAAACUAACAAUUUGUAAAAACUUCAUUUCUUCAAACCUCAUCACCAGGUUGAUUACUUUACGUCCUGGUAACAAGGUUGCAUUUCUUGACCUUGACACUGGCGGUGUUAUGAGGCGCCACCCUGGUGACGAGGUUCCGUUUUCAACAUUGUCUCCAGGAGCAGUAUUGUCGCUGUCCUUGGGACAAGGUUGCAAACUUCACAGUCAAACGCAUUGUGGUGUACUUGGACACAAAACCGUUCUUGAUGGAGGUGGCGGUUUCCUCCUACAGUGGUAUUGAUGGUAUUUGGUCUGUUCUCUCUCCCAGCCACCAGGGGUCGCUCCCGAUUCCCAGUUGUUCGUCCCAGCAGUGGUGUUUUAAAGUAUAGGAAAAAACGAUGUACUGGAUAUUUGAAAUGACUCGAGUUUUGUUUGUGCUGACUGUGGGUUUAGUUUACCACGGCUUGGACACAUGUGUGUUAAAUAGCGUGUCUUGCUCUGUAAAAAUCUGAAACUCCUCCACGGGGGUACGCGAUGCAACUUAGCCAGGGCAGAUGCAAGUAGUGCAACCUAUUGUAUAUUAAGUGUAUAUAUACUUGUUUGUCCCUUAGAGCAUUUCAUGUGAUGAUAUGAGUCACAGCGCCCCAUGGUGGCUAGAGUAGAAACUAUCUUUUCGCACACCGCUGCUUUUGUGAAUGCGUAGGAAAGAAAAGUCAUAGACUCAUUCUCGUAUACAUUGUACAAUUUUUGAAUGGCGCACAUGGAAUUGUCCCGUUUUAUGGGAAGUGUGCGAAAUAAAUUUGUACAGUCGUUCACAUCAUCUGUUCGGGGAUCUUAUAAAUAUCACAAGCGUACCAUAAUAAUCAAUCAAUAUUUGUAAACAAACUAUUGAGAAGUCAACUGUGUAUAGUCACGAUGCACCUCACGCACGCGUUUGGGACAUUUUUAUACAUCAUACGAAGCCAGGAGAACUGGAAAAAUAUCUUUGUGUCCACGAUUUGGUUCAUUUCAAUAUUUGUUAUUGGUCGAUGGUAAAAGUCAUCGUUGGUAGUGGGUGGCAACAAUAUUUGUGUCCAAAAUUUGGUUCAUCUGAAAUAAGUCAAGUACCAUGUCCUCAUACCUUGAAUCAUGGAGGUUUUGAAGUACCGGGGUAACGAAGAUUGCAUCCUGAUGUAAAUCGUGGGCACUGAAGGUAUUUUAAAGUUUUACUUCUCUAUAUCUAUUAUCUAGGGCCUACUGUACAUUUAUGUUAAAAGCUAUGUCAACUUUCUGUUAAGAGGUUUAAGAUUCAUUAUUAAGACUUUGUUUUGAAAUUCCUAAUUUCUAUUCUUAGUAUGUAUUUGGUGCUGUAUGGCGGCAGAUUUUGUAAGAGUUUCAAGCACAAAAAAUUGGUGAAGAAAUAGUAUUGUUCAUUUUCGGUCGGCAGAGAAUGAACAGUACAUGUCAGUUUAGUUCUACUCCAGUUUCACCAAUCUAGGACUGGUUCAUUGACUACCCAGAAGUCAACUAAAUGAGUGGCCUUGGGUCGGUGAAACUAUAGUAUCUCGAAGAAAUCAUGAAAAAGUCGUGGCAAAUAGACAUUUGCUUUGUAAGCAGUGUGAGAUACUACCACACCUGAAGUAGUUUAUGCUUUGAUGGCUAGGUGGCAAUAGUGCAUGGGUAGAAAAUGGAAAAUCAAUAAUGGCUGGGAAGGCCAUGGCCAAAGUCAUUAACGCUUUGGUACUGACAUUUCACCACUUAUCUCAAUAACUUUGAAGUCAAGCCCAUGUUUUGGACUAUUCCGAGUUAGAUGGUAUUUGCAUGGUCUCAUUUUGGUGAGGUCUUGCAUAUAGUAAGUAGCAAAUCCAAAUUAAAAAUUCGUUGUGAGCACUUCCACUGUAAUAAAAUUGUCAUGAAUAGCCUGUUGCUUCAUGUACUCCGUCUUCCAGGAACCUUUAUUGACAAUUGGCUCAUCUUGAGGGUUCUAAUAUCCACAAAAGUCAAUCGAUCUUGAAUGGCACUGGUAUAUUGUAUUAAGAGGCCUGUGUUUUAAUGCAAUAUACUGGCUCAUCAGCAUGGUCGGUCUUGAAUUUGGGGUCUAACUAUGAUAUGUUAGUGUCAAAUUUGACAGUUCACAUCCAUUCUUUCUCUAAAAUGAAAUAAAUAAGAGCACUAUGAGGAGAAUUGCUUGGAUCCCAAGACUAUUUUAAACCUAUUUGUCUUUGAUGCCUUCAAGUUCAUGUAUAUCAAACAGCACACUUAUAAUACAUACACAACCACUUAAUUGUGUUGUGAAACUUUGCUAAAUGUUGCUAAGUAAAGGACCGGAAUUUCACCGACCUGAGGUGAACACGUCUGCUUGCUGGUUUCAGCCAGCAAUAUGUGUUCGUUUCUGUGAAGUGAUGGUCGUGCUUGGGCAGUCGGAGCCCAUCUGUUGGAGAUUAUUCCGCAAAAGCCCCCUUCAGUAAAGCAAGUGAAGGCAGUUCCAGUUGACACCUCAAUGUUUAUCAUAAGGCUGCCAUGUGGGACCUUGCCACAUGGUCAGAAUGGGCACAAACCUAAAGGCCUAUCGUAAUACCGGUUGACAUUGGCCCAAAGUGGGGUGAAAUUGUCGCAUAGAUAUUCCAUCUGACAGCUUGAACCAUGCAUUGUGAAUCUUAGAUUUCUACUGAAUCUUUGUACAAAAAAUAUGUUAAGAUUACUCGGUUGGCUAAAAUACAAAUAAGAUCUAAGAGGUGGAGCUUUUUAUUUCAUCCCUCUUCACAAUACUGUUGAAACAUUGGUGUGUGUUCUCACAUUUACUUUAGAAUAUGCAUCGACAUGGAAAACGUUUUAGAUCCCUGUUCAGUUGAAUCCUUUACGAUUUUUAAUAACAUGCCACCAAGAAGUCCCUCGCUCCCUGCAGGAUCCUUGCGUCGUGUUAAUUGCGUGUACAAUGUUAUUGUGUUAGCCUAGGGAGUUUGUUUUCUACGGAUCCACAUUCAACUUCUCGGUUCUUUCUUCGAGGUGGAGUUACCAGCAGUUUGCCUCUCCUAACAACUGUUAGCCAACAUGUAGUUCUAAAUAUCUUGUUUGGGCAUCCAAGGGGCAGGACGGCAAAGUCAGAAAAUUGAAGCUUUUUGGUGUGAAAUGCAAAAUGUACAAAUUUAGGUUUGUAGUAGGUUAUCUUCUAUAAUCCACAUAACCAUCGAGUGUUUAGAGCCAUUUAGCCAGUUUGUCACAGCUGGUUUUAAGGAAUUUUGUAAUCAUUCUUUUGAUUUUGGCAAGUUUGGCUACAUCAUUCGGAUUCCGAUCUAAUUGACCCAUGGUCAUCUUCAACGGGAGACUGAAACUGGCUCGUCUCAUUUUUCUUGAAUGGGGGUCAUGGACAGACAGAUCGUUCUUAUCAAACUUUGUGGUAUUCUAAACAUAAUACCAUUGGUAAGGUUUUAUGAUAUUGUGAAUUGGGUUCUCAAAUAUUGAAACACUGUAUUCGAACAUUUGUGUAACAAUUCUCAUUGUGAAACAAUUCCUUCUCAGUUACUGAAGAGGUGUUUCUUUGCAUUCUUCUUCCCAUCAUCAUAAUACUUUACCUUGAGCUUUGAAAAAAGAAAAUUUGGAAAUAUUCCUCCAGACAGACUACCAACACACCUCUCAAAUUAUUUAUUUCUAUGCCACAGAAUCUCUUAUUAAGUUUGUGUUUUUUAUAUAAGAUAAUAUUGAAAUUAUCAAUUGUAGUGUAUAAUACAAAGAUUAUGUGGCAGAGGAACCCGGAGGUGUGUUGGAUGUCUUUUGAGGGAUUGCCGAGCGACGCCCCUGCCCCCUACGAUGUCAUUGUAACAUCUUAAAACAGACCACAUCUAAGUGUAUUUAUUUCAUGCCACUGUGAUUUUCUUUACAUAUGUGUCCAUGUCUGUAUUGUAAAUUAAAUCAAUUUCUUAUCAAAGACAAUAA